AUGCGCGUCUUUAACACUUCGCCCAGGUACUUCCAUUUGUUGAAAGCCUGGGGCUAUCCCACGCUGGCUGUGCAUACGUCUUGCUGUGAAAUAAGAAGUAACAGCUUUUUGAAUAUUCGAACAAGCGAGGAGAAGGCGCCACGUGUGGACCUGCGUACAACCGGGGGCGGGCGCUCUGCGCCGCCCCACAACUUCAUACGUAAAUACCCGGAUGAUAUAUUGACGAAGGCUCAAAGUAAGCAUGAUGUAGGCUUAAAUCCACACAUCAUUGCUCCAGAUCCAUAUGUAACAACGGCUGUGUAUAUCGAUGUCUUUGGCCCGGAUUAUAAGGACCUACUAACACCGUCUCAACAACCGAACACAAUGAGCACGGGUGACGAUGAUUCAUCGUCAGGCAUAAAUGGUAGAUUAAGGCCUAGGAAGUCGUGCGUGUCUAGUCCACAAACCAAUAAGGCUACACGAAAACUAGACUCCAAACCAUCACAAGAAAAAUCAAAGCGUAUCACAACCCCUUCUAAAGCUUUGCUGACUAAACCUGAUGAUCUCUCUAAAAAGUCUGACUGUUCUAUUGUAGAAUACCUUUGUCCUUAUUGUGACAAAAUUUUCGUUUCAAAACAAACGGCGUCCAAGCAUGCUCGACGUAUUCAUUUCUCAACUUCAAAACAGGAUACCUUUAUCAACUGCCUCUACUGUAAUCAUACAGAACCUGAACCUAAUGACAUUUUCAAGCAUAUGAUUGACAGUCAUCCAAAUCAAUACUUUGCAUGUCUCGAUUGCCACACACGGUUUCCAUCGACGAAGCAAUUAGCUGAACAUAAGCUAAAUGUAUGCGAUAGACAAAAGCUUCCAUACAGAAGUAAGCUGCGCCAGAAAUCAUCCAGAACGAGUAAAAAACCUCACAAAAUUGACCGUGAGGUUGUAAUUCACGACGAAGAAAGACACGGCUACAACAGCAUUGUUAUAUCCUGUGAACUAAAGCCUACACAUGUGUCUGAUGCUGCCGAUAUUGAGGAUAACAUACCAACCAACCUUAUAUUACCAUCAAACAAGAACUUGGCACACAAAGUGAUUGAUAAAAAUGCUGUCAUCUUAUUAGAUGACCUACAAUGGACGAAGCGCAUACCACAUAAUUUUUCAUUUCAUAAUUCUGAUGCUGACCAAAUCUUAUCAAGACUAGGCGUCGUGCAUAGAUCCCCAAGGACCGGAGAAUCAACGCGCAAAGAGUGGUUUAAAGCAAUCGAUGAUGCCAAUCAAAAAUUCGAAAGAUGUUUUGAUACCAGCUUCUACUCUAAAGUUGCCAGUAAUGUACAAGAAAAUUUAGCAAAAUUCCUUGAUGGUACGUUUAAUUUCAAUCCAGACUCAAAUCACACGAUUAAAACGAGGAAAGCAAAGAAUAGCGUACCUAUUAAUACUGUCGAGGGAUUUCCAAUAUUAUUGUCAUCCGAACAAUAUUCAAGAAACUUGUUUGAUGGGUACAUGCCACGAGCUAUAGCACCGAAGCACAAAUGGAAAUGGGACAAUUUAGAAAAUGAAAAGAACCCUUUCAAUGCUGACCAAAUAAAAAGAGAUUCACAUGUAAACAACUGUAUCGUUACACUGGUGUCUAGCCUAGAUAUAUGGACUCAAUUGUGCAUGAGGAAAAAAUUUGAAGAAAAAUUCAAAACUACGCCUUUAGAGAAAAAAACUGAAAAAAUAAAAAUUAUCGGCAAUGAAUUGAAAGAAAUACUCGAGAGCAGACAGUUACCAGCACCUUCUACACACGUCACUCGCAACUGUGUCGCUCCAUCACCAAUAUGCCAAGGCGCAGACUUUCCUUCGUCGUUAGGCUUAAGACCGACCAUCACAAAAUACGAAAUCACACCCGCAGUUUUAAGUGGGGAAUGGGUGAGGCCUCGCUGCUACGUCUGUUGUGCCUGUGGAGCCCAAACGCGAGACCCUCGAGCACUUUCAUCACAUAUUUCAACACAACAUCCCAAUGCCCAAGUUCAACAUUACGAAAUACCUGGCGAACUAUUAAUGAAUGCGGACAUAUUGAAGCACUUGUAUGUGCCCCCAAGUCCGGUGCAUAACAGGACUAGGCCACCGAGAGGCUUUCGAGAGUGCACAAAAUGUAACAAAUCCAUCACAAUUGAAGACUUGCAUCAGCACAUGUUGGAUUGUGCUGGAGACAUGCCAACUGUACGAAGGAAGUGUCGAUAUAGACAAUUUGGCGUUCGUAAAAGGCGAGCACGUAUUCAAGAUAGUAGGAUGCGCAAAAAGUUACGAAAAGACAUACAUAGACAAAAUGGGAGACCCCGACCUAAAAUAAGAACAGAAGUUGGAGAUGGUGAAACAAUUCGAAAAAUGUUAGCUGACUUACCAGCAAAACGUCAUCGGGUAAUGAUUACUCCGCUGAAUUCCUCUUUAAGACCAAAAAGAAAAAUUGUUAAACAACGAGCUCAACAUAAUAUUAAGAAGCGCCCGACUGACGAAUUAAAAAGCAGAAAAGUAAAUAUGGGAAGUGUAUCUGAAAGUAAUGAUAAUUCAAAUAUUGGUGAAUCAAAUAUAUCCAACGAUCCACAAGACGAGAGUACUUCAAAUGUUAAACGUAUACAAAACAAAUUGACAACUCGUAAUACAUUAUUAAACAAUAAGAACGUGAAGAAAAAGCGCAGAAGAGCUGUACAGUUAAAAGAAGACAGUCAAAGCGUAGACGCCGAUGAUCAACCCUUACAAGAAUCGGACAAAAUUCAAACGGAUGAAUUGUCUAUGGAGAAUAGACCUAGUAGAAUCAAUUUAAAUACUGGCCCUAACAAUGCUAGAGAGCAAGCUAAUGCAUCUAAUAAUGAUGGUUCGAACAAUCGUGACAAUCGACAACCGGGCCAGAAUGAAAAUAAUAACGGAAAUUCGCGGGAUCAAGGACCUCCCCCACAAAAUGUACCGUUAAAGCAUUCUAUAGCCCGAUUAACUGCUGAUUAUGACACCCAAGAUAAAGCUGUACAAUUUCAUCAUUUGUUCUUAGUUCAACAAGAAUGUAAUAAUGUGACUCAACAUGUACCUUCCGAUCGACGGGACCUUUUUGAAAACAAAGCGGUUGCAGCAAAGCUUGAUAAACCGCCUUUAGCCCAUCAUCAAAAAGAUGAAGCUUCUGAUUCACACAAUUCUCAAAAGAAUAAUAAGCUUAAUAAAAAUAGAAAAGGCUUAAAUGAUUGUAUUGCUAUGCUUAGGAAUAAAUUAGUUGAACCAACUCCAAAAGCUCCUGACGUGUCAAUACAGUGCACGAUUGAUGAAACAAUACCUACUACCAAUGAAGUUAAACCGAUAACGACCGUAAGCCGUAUCGACAUAACAGUUCAAUGUCCAGAUGAUAGUCAACCGAUGAAUACAUUAGUUGCCCCUCGUGUUAAGCAAGCAAAAAUCUUAAAACUAAAUGAGGAACUAUGUCCUAAUUUACCUUCUACAAGUGAAGAUAAAAACGAAAAGCAUGAGUUAAAACCCCAGCAUAAAAAUACUGUAUCCGAAAAAAUAAGUAACCCUGAGUUGGAAAAAACUAUUAAAGUAGUUGACAGUAAAAUCACUCAGGGGCUGAAUGUUGAAAAGUUAAUACAAAACCAACAACAAGUCAAUUUAUUACACAGGCCUCACACUAACAUCGGUGAUAGUGUGACUAAAAAUUAUGAAAAUAUGCACAAUCACUGCACUCCAGACGCUGUUAAUUUUAUUAAAACUGACAUUACUAAAUCUACAAAAGAAGUAGGCAGUAAUAGCGCAGGCACAUCUGAUAUUAAGGCUUUAAUACAUUCUUCGAACACAUCUAAACAGGCAAUAAGUACGGCGCCCAUGUCCACAAGUACCAUUCCAAACAUUCGUGAACCUGAAACGAAUUUAAAAACUCUUAGAAGUCAUGUGCAAAGUCACGAAAAGAAAGGUAUUGAACCAAAGGAGCAAUCCUUAGAAUUUCCAGCACCAUUAGUAAAAUUAAAGGAUUUUGAAUAUAAGGAAGAAAAUGUUAUAAAGAAUAAAAUGUAUAGUGCAAAUGAAAUUCCGCUUGCACACUCCAAUUCUGGUGUUGAAUCUAUCCUAACAGUACCAUUAGAUUUAUCAGGGAAAUUGUAUGCCAAUAAAGUGACUGCUCAUUGCUCUAAACAAGAUACUUCGUUCGGAGUAAAAACAUGCGAGGCUUAUGAAACACUGGACUUGUCUAAUAAAACUAUUAGUAAACAAGAUAACGUUGCCCCUAUGGUGCAAAUAGAAGAUGAUGACGUAGUUGAUUUACGCGUGAAACAUAUAAUUUCGACUCAAUCUGCAGAUUCAUCCAUAUAUAGUGACGAGAAUAUCGCUGUGACUGCUACCGAUCUAUCUGUGAGAAAUACCGAAACAAACUGUUUACCAACAGAUUUGUCUAUAAAACGAAACCUGAAAGCUCCGUCCUUAUAUUCUAAUGUAUUGCACAAGCAGAGGGUCAAAGAGAUACACCCACUUGGUUUGAUAAACACUGACAAAGAUAUUGUUUGUUUAAACUUAUCAGCAAAAGAGGUUCCCACAGAUUUAUCUAAAAAGACUUUGCCAAUACCUACUUCAAAUAUUAAAUCUAUAGAAAAGGGUUAUUUUCAUUCACCUCCUACAGAAAGUGAAAAAAUAAAAAUUGUUAGUGCAGCAGACUUAUCACACCGCUACAGAAGUAAACAUAUUAUCAGCGACAUGGACAAUGUUAGAACUAAUCAAAGUGCACAAUGUAAUACUUCAUUGGCAUCUUUGAAAUCUUUCCAAAAAACGCACUCCACCGAAGAAAAUGAAUCUAAUGAAUCCAUUUCGCUACGUAAACUUCAGUCUGGUACAGAGCCCAUGCGAAGGUCUUCAUCUUCUGACGUUACAAUUUCAUUCAUAAAUAGACAAAAUCCUACACACUCAACAAAUAGUGAGAUCCGGAUUCAACAAAAUUCCGAAAAAAGUUCUAUAUCUCUAGAUGAAGUUGCAAAUACACCAAAUGUUGCUAGUAAGUCGCCAAAAUCUGGUGUGAUCAAUAUUUCUUCUAUGGCUCAAAUGCAACCACAAACUACAAAGUCUCUGUCACCCGACAGUUUUAUUUCCCCGAUAAAACUAAUUAGCCACUCUACUCCUAUUAUGAAUACUGUUAAUGUGUCUACACCUGAGCUAAAUAUUCCAAAUACAACAUCGAAUUAUGCUCACAUUACUGGAAAUGACAAUGCAACACACAAACUGUUACACCAAGUAAAAGAUAGUCAAAAUAUUUAUGAAGAGCAAUUAAAAAUAUCUAAAUCGAGGCGCUCACAAUCAAUAUACCAAGAAAGAUAUUCCGAUUUUGAUGAUAAAGUUCUUAAAUCAUGCAUAGAACAAGAUCCGGAAACUGCUAAAAAGAUUGCUAUGCUACCAAAAGAACUUGUCGAAAUAUUAGGAAAUAUGCCACUUGACCAUCGUAAUCAAUUGCUUAAUGUGCUUCCCCAAUAUGUGUCUGUAUCGACAACUACAACGCCCAAGACACUUGAUGCAACUGUAACACUAUCAUCGACCAACGAAGACUCUAAAUAUAAUAUAGAUAGACACGAAUAUUUCAUCCAAAAGGAGACGAAUAGCUCCCGCGUUUCAUCAUACACAGGAGUGUCAGUUACCGAACAACUAACAGCUGAUAAAUGUGAAAUUCCGCAUACCUUAGCUACUAAUUACUCUCAUACAAAUAUUAAUCCUAACAAAACUCCAAGUGGCCAAUUUUCUGGCAACACCGACAUACCAUCUACAAGAGAACAAACACAUUCAAACGAUUUAAAUAAUUAUCGUGUUAUUGACUUGACUGAUGAUACAGUUGAUAUAAAAAAUGUUAUUGCGUGUCCGGAUAAAGAAAAGACAUCGAUUGCCAAAGUUAUCGGACAAAAAUCUAAUGAAAAAACUGCAAGUCUCAGAGCUGUACGUAUUAAGGCACCUUCCGAAAGGCAAAAAUCAAUUAUAACGGAACCACACUUUAAAAAGCCUUACCCCGAGAACAAUAAUAUUAUAAGCCUUAAGAAUUUAGACAUUAAAAAGGAUGUGGUACCAUUAGCUGUUCAGCAGUUUGAAAUAACUACAACAGACGAAGCCAAAGUUGUCAAUUUCUCGUCGAAAUCAUCAACGGUCAGCCCUGAUUCCAGUUUUAGUAACAGUACUAGUAAUGUUACUACAGCGACAUCGACACCGCCGUGUGUUGUUAGUGAAAAUAAUGAAAUUGUUAAGGAGAACAUCACGAUAUCAUCAUCACAAAUUGAUACCGCGAGCUCUGCGUGUGAUAUUGCCUUGCAUUUGCCUUGCGAACCAGUCGGUGAAACACAUUCUCUCACAUGUAGAGUCAUGGAUAAAGGUAAAUCAGAAAUUGACAUCACAGAAAUAAACGUGGCCAAAAGUACUCCUGACCUGGAAAAAUGUCCUCAAAAAGAUGAUGAAGAUGACUCUGAAGAUGACGUCUCCCUUGCCAUUAUUGUUAAACAAAAACAAAAAGAACAAAUGAAGACUCCUGUUUCUGCCGUUUCGCCUACUCAAAUAUCUGCAGUUAAGGAUGUUAAAGAGAACAUACAUGCGGACGCAUCUUUUGAAAAUAUAUCCAACAUAGAUCUUUUAAAACCUUUAGAUAAAAAUAACUUUCAAAGUGCUGAUAUUAUAAAGAAUGAUCCUAAUCUUAGUCACAGAUUUAACGUAGCCGAUGAGGUAAAAUACAAACAUACGAAAAAAAUUAAGAAACCCAGCCUUACCGUGUCUAUACCUGCAACACAUGUUGUAGAAAAGCUUAUAGAAUCAGAAUUCGAGGGAAAUAAAGAGAACACUGCCGUUACAGAGAGUAAUUGUUCUAAGAUUGAAGAAAAUCUUGUCGAAAAAUCUUUGGAAAUUGAAGAAAAAAACAACUCUCACUUAGAAUCUACAGAUGAGAAUAAAAAAGCGAGUAUCACAGAGAACAACCAAUUGAACGAACAUGUAUCAGAAUCAAACAUUCAAAGCAAAACUAUUUUUGAGCAGAAACAUGAGCAGGAUUCUAAUAAUGUGAUAGCCCGCUCUUAUAAUGAUACCCCAAUUCAUAAAAUUGACGCUAUAUUGACCUAUGGACUAUCUACUAAAACACAAGAAAGUAAACCAGAUGUGAUAGUUUCAAAUAAUAUCUUACCACCAAAAAUAAAGAAUGCAACAAGUUCAGAAACGGAACAAAAACUCAAUGUUGUUCUAAAUAAAGACACCAUUAAAAAUUCAAAUGAAGCACAACCUUCUCAAAACGAUAGUUUUAUCACGCCUCUUCGUCGAAGUCGGCGAGGAAAAUCACUUUAUAUCGAAAGUAGUGAACUUUCGUAUGAUAAUAAAAAUUGCUUAGAUCCUGGGGCAGAGCAUCGAUUUCCAUUUACGAAAAAACAAUUAAUCUUUUCGAAAUUAUUACAAGAUGAAGAAAAUAUUGUGACCCAAACAGAAACCUCCCAGAAUGACGAAUUUAAGGAACAGAGUCAAGGCAGUCUUCACGAAAAUAUUACUCACAUGUGUGAUAAUAUUAGUAGCAACAAACUAAUUGAUAAACGCAAACAUUCUCCCCACACUAAAAGGAAACUGAAGAAAAAGAAGGCGAUGAUAGAAGAGUUAUGUUUGCAAAAGGACGAUUUAAAAGAAUUAUCUACAGAAACUAACAACCACUCCUCGUUUGUAAGUUCAGAAGGUGAAAUAAGUUGUGAAACCAACGAAAACAAAUAUAAAUCCACACCUGUUUUAAAGGUCAAAGAGCUUGCAUUGCCUUCGCCAUCUAGUGAGGAUAAACGAUUAGAUUUAUUAGAUUCUCACAAAAAUCAUAAAAUAAGAAGUAAGAGAAAAUCAUACUCUUUUAAUGUUAAAGACGAGGUCAGUUAUGAUAAAUCAAAGAAAAUAAAAACAAGUAUUGAAAAUGAAACGGAUCUCAAAAGUAACAGUAAUGUGGAAAGAAAUAAUAUUUCAGAGGAGGUAAAUAUUCCGGAAGUAAAGUGCAAAGCUGCAGCGCGUCGGGGUCGUUCAAAAUCUGUAUUUGUAAAAUCAUCUGCGCCUAUUUCUUACGACCCAUAUGAUAUUGAUUUAGAUGAAGUAGUACAAGGGAAUGAAACAAAUCUAAAAAAACAAUCCUUCUUUAGGCCUUUGCUUCGUAAGAAUUUAAACAAGAGUCUUAGUACUAAUGCUCCUAAAGACAAAGAUGUCAAAAAUGUUCCAUCUACUAGUGAUUCAAGUUAUUGUGAUUUUAAGAAAGACAAAGAAGAAAAAGUAGUAACUUUACAAAUUGAAUCGAUUGUUGAAACGAAAGGUUUUGUAAGUGAUUCUGAUGAGUCUGCAAAAAGCGAUGAACCAUUGAAAAAGUAUGUUGAAGAAAAAGAAAAAAAGAAAUCAGACAUUAAAUAUCGAGAAAAAGGCGUUGAAGAAAGUAAAAUAUCGCGUAAAAAACAUAAGAAAACAGUUUCUGAAAAACCUGACAAAAGUCAUACAAAUGUUGGCUGCGAAGAUACUGAGGAACAGAUACGUUCUGAACAAUUUAUGGAAAGCUUUGGAUUCUUUUCAGAAAGGAAACCCCGCAAAUCAAAUUUGUUAGCUACGAAAAAAAUAUCGGAGACAUUUCACAUUAUUGCCAAUGAAAGCGAUGAUUCAUUUUUCAAAUCAAAAGAAAAAUCUAGCAAAAAAGGUCUGCAUGAAAACAGAAAAUUGGCGGAUGAUGAAGGUAAUUCGAAAGAAUAUUAUGCUCAUAAAAAAAAUUCUAAGCGUGGUAGGAAAAAGAAAAUUUCACCUAAAAUUGAGUCUUCUUUUUGUGGAGUCUGUAAGAAAGAUUUUCGUAGACCCGAUAACCUUUUAAGACACCAAAUGGGUCUUGCACACGCAACACGAGUGUCCGAAGUAGAAUUGAAAGUAAAAACUGCGCCUUUAAGCGAUGAGGAUUCCAAUUAUUUAGUAAUUUACAAACAGCAGAUAGAUCGGUUGAGAUAUUUACAGGAUACUAUAAAUAGAAGAAAAAAAUAUUGUAAAUCUGUCGAAAAAAUUGCCUUACCAACAUUAGAGGAAGUUAUUACAGAUGUGACGAGGACAGUUCGACAGCAACAAGUUGCCCGACGUGGUCUUAGUAGAGAUGAGGCUCUUUUCCUAGAUUGUUGUGAAUUGCUUAAUGCAAGUCAUAAAGAUGAUGGUUCAGGUAGGGCUAAAGAUACCUCAAAUAUAAGCUGUUAUUCAUGUGCACAAACAUCGGCUGAGUGUUUGAAUUCAUUAGAAAAGCGCAUAAAUGAACAUCUUGAUGAAAAAUGUGAUGAUGGUGAUGUAGAUUCUAUUACAGCUCAAGAUAUUUUGGAAAGUGAAGAGGUUCGAAAUCUGGAAAAUGACUUGAUCUCUGGAUUAAAAGAAGCAGCUUGUGCAAAUAGCUUUAAUGGCAAUAAAAUUAAUCCUAUUUUUACUCAAGAUGUUGAUGUGAAAACUAAGGAAGACAUCGACAAUGUUAUAAUAGCGAAAGAUUCAGAAACUGAAAGCCAGUUUCGUGAAUCUAAAUCAAAAAAGGCGUUAGAAAUCAAAGAAAAAAUGUAUCCUGAUAUAAUUGAAGACAUUGACAUGUUUGAAGAUAAAUUCGAUAAGAUUAAAAGAAAAUGCAGAUCUCAGGCAGCUAAACAAACUCAAUAUGUAGAAACGAGUAUAAGUUUAAAAAGCCGUAAGAAAGUUGAGAAGCAGAAGAGAAGGAAGAGCCCAAAAAAGAAUUCGCAUAGUGCAGUACCUACGAAAGCUGCAUUGAAAGGUUUUGAGGGAGUUAAAGUAUCAAUACUGACAUCAGAAAUCAAUAUGUCUUCUAUACUUCCCCCUUCUUCAACUCCGUUGAAAAAGAAGAAGAGAAGUAACUCAAAAAGAAAAAGAGAGCGAAAACAUCACGGUGACACUAAAUAUGACCCUGAUCACAAAAGUAAGGAACUUCAGAAAAAAGUAGAUGUUUACGAAUUUAUGGACAAUGAUGAUGCAGAAUUAUUCGAGUUUAGACCCUCCACAUUAAUGGAACGCUUUAAGAGUAUAAGUAACAAAGAUGCGCCAAGUACAUCAAAAUCGCAGCCUGAUAUUGACCCUGAUUUAUCCAGCGAAAGUGCUUCUGAUGGUGAUGACUUUGUUUAUAUGUCAGAUGACUAUGUAUGCAGUGAUGCUGAAACUGAAAACAGUUUAUUGUCCUGUGAAACAGGGAAUAACAAAAGUUUACCAGAAGUAAGAAAACCCGUGACACCACCUAAAAAAAGGGAUACGACAGAAAAGAGUGCUGUGAUGGGAAAGAUAUUUAAACAUAAUGCUGUACGUACUGAAAAGAAACCUACAAAGGCAAAAGAACCUGUCAGGCCCAAGGCAAAUUUAGACCAGCUUUUUGAUAGUUUAUUAGAGGAAGAACCCAGUUCGUCUAUUCUUGCAAAAAGCUCGUUGUCCCCUAAAAGAGGUGACUAUGAUCUAUAUAAUAUUGAAUCCCCGUUGACACAAAACGAUACGCAAUCAGAAGCUAAUAAAUCUAAUAGAGAUUUAGAAGAAGACUUAGAUGAUUCAGAAGCAGAACCACCACGAAAAUACACGAGAAGUCCUUCACCCAUACCCUACACGGGUCUUAUAUUACACAGUAAAAAACGGAAGUCUAGUACAUCUCCGAGAAAGAAAAGACUGUCAUUUGAGGAGGAGGACAAUUACUCUGUUAAACUUAGCCCUUCCACCUCAAAAACCCCCGAUGAUACCAAUGCAUCGAGUAGUGUUGAUAAUAGAAAAAUGGACUUAAAACACACAUCCCACAAAAAGAAGAAAUAUGCAAACAUUAACGACAGUACAUCAAAACGAAGGAAUACUUACUCUCCGAAUUAUGACGACGAUUCCCUUUUGAGGGUUGAUAACGCAACACCAACUGACGAAGAUUAUCUGACGUAUAAAAAACGGAAACACAAGGACAAGGUUCUACACAAUAAAUCGCCCAAAAUGUCUCAUAAAACGCUUACCAACAGCUACGAUAACAACGAUAGAUUUUUAGAUGACUCAGAAGCAGGUGUUGCAACACAAAGAGCGCGUCGAAAAUGUACAGUGGGAAAACAAAAUGUUUUAGCUGAAACUUGGAGUUCUGAGUCGGAACCUGAUGGUAUUCCGCGACGGCCCAAUAGUGUCGAUUCAGUGGUCGCGGGUUUGAGUCGGAAAAAGAAGAGUAGAAAGAGAGACAAUCACACACCGGGUAGUCGAAAAAGCACCGCUCGGCCAGCACUGUUUCCAAAACGAGGUGAAAUCGGUGGAAGUUGUCGAAAUUCCUCGGAAGUUAUAUCGAGAGUGGUUCCGACAACACGGCCCAGUGCCGUGGGCCCGUCGAGUUCGAAGGUACGACCUCGCCCUCCUCCCUAUUAUUGGUCAGAUGAAGAAGAAGAGCAGGAGCACGUGCAGCAGCACGGGUGGAUCGUCGGUGACAGCCACAAGAAGCUGGUCACCAUGCUGGCACACGCUAAAGGUAAGCGGAACAAUGACGACAAACGUCAUUUCGUCGAUUAA